CGACUCUACUGAACUGUACCUGUUAUAAUAGCGGAAGUAGCAUUUUCACCCGCCCAACCUGACACCUUCAAUAAACAACAACUCUCGCCGCAUUCCCUGUGGGGACAACCACGCCACAAAAAGGCAACCAGUUCUUCGGACAAAGUCCUUGAAUACGGUACCUUCAUCUAUUUCGCGCUAUCAUAGACAAUAGCAUUGCCUGAAGAGGGGACGAAUAUGUCGUUGUGUCUAAACCGCCUCCAGGAGGAACGGAAACAAUGGCGUAAGGAUCAUCCGUUCGGAUUCUUUGCGAAGCCGCAAAAGAAUGCUCAAGGUGUCCUGGACUUGAAAUUCUGGUCCUGCGGCGUUCCCGGCAAGGACAAAACCCUGUGGGAAGGCGGUCUUUUCAAAUUAGAUGUCAUAUUCCCAGAUGAGUAUCCCACCAAGCCUCCGAAAUGUAAAUUCAAGCCGCCGCUGUUUCAUCCAAACGUUUACCCCUCCGGCACCGUCUGCUUGUCGAUAUUGAAUGAAGAGGAGGGAUGGAAACCGGCGAUUACGAUAAAGGAUAUACUUCUGGGAAUACAGGACCUGCUUGACGAACCAAACCCAGACUCACCCGCACAAGCCGACGCCUACAAUCUCUUCAAAAGGGACCGCCCUGCCUACGAAAAGAAGAUUAAGCAGAUUGUGAAAGAAAACCCCGCGCUUUGAGAUGUCCGUAGCAGCAUUUGCAGCGUUUGACAGUCAAUUUAUUGACUCUCUCAAAGUUGUCCUGGCAUGGCGGACGACUUUUCGCAUUUUGCAUAGUUCAAUCAUCUGCCAAAGGCUCCCUUAACCAGUCUUGCCGACUUCGAAAUCUUUACUGGGCGUUGGAAAAGGGCGUAUGUAAAAGCUCCUCUUGAGCUUGAGGGAAACUUCAUUCAUGGGAUAUUAUUCUACAUCUAGAUAUUUCGAAGAGGUUGAUAUCCGGUCUUAUUUACCUACC